AUGCCAAGUUCAGUAGCAUGCCUCCGAACAGAGCGAUUCGGACUGCGCAGCAAAGCAUGUCUGACGCGUCCCUCAUUCUCUAGGGUUCGUAUCUCGUUCCGGUAUAGUGGCCAGCCUAGUGGAGGCCUCGGUGAGGAUCGAAUUGAUAACGUUAGCGUAUCGGCCGACGAGACGAGCUCACUUACUUCCACCAGACUGGAUAGACGCCUCGAGACAAUACUUCGUAAACAUCGUGCGGAUAUCUCCGUUUGCACGCAAAAGACCAGUAACACCCUCUUUAUUUUUCUCACAUUUUCUCUCUCUCCCUUUCUUCCUUUCUUUCUUUUUUUCUUUCUUUCUUUUCUACAUUAUUUUGCCUUUCUUUCUUUCCCCCAUACUUUAACGCUUAUUUCCUCAUCUUCCUUUCUCUCUUUCUCUCUUUCUUUCUUUCUUCUUUCUUAUCUACAUUAUUUUGCCUUUCUUUCUUUCCCACAUAUAUUUAACGCUUAUUUCCUCCUCUUCCUUUCUUUCUUUUUUCCUUCUUUUUUUUCCUUCUUUCUUUCCUACAUUAUUUUGCCAUUCUUUCUUUCCUACAUAUCUUUAACGCUUAUUUCCUCAUCUUCCUUUCUUUCUUUCUUUCUUUCUUUCUUUCUUUCUUUCUUUCUUUCUUUCUUUCUUUCCUUUUAUUUUUGCCUUUCUUUCUUUCCCAUUAUUUUGCCUUUCCUUCUUCCUUUCUUUCUUUCUUUCUUUCUUUCUUUCUUUCUUUUUUUCCUUCUUUCUUUUCUACAUUAUUUUGCCUUUCUUUCUUUCCCACAUAUCUUUAACGCUUAUUUCCUCAUCUUUCUUUCUUUCUUUCUUUCUUUCUUUCUUUCUUUCUUUCUUUCUUUCUUUCUUUCCUACAUUAUUUUGCCUUUCACGCCCAUCAAGCGACAGUCGAUAGUUACACGACGAGCCUCAACCAGUAGGAACACGUCACCUGUGCCCGCACCUGCUGACCCUACCAAUAUCUCCCCCUGA